UAUCCCAAUGAAGCUAUCGCUAGCCUAACAUGGGAGGUGGCUAACGCCGAGCUAACUAACAAAAAGGUUAACUUUCUUACUGGAUUGUUGUUGAUCAAAGCGGCGAGUCAAAGGCGCUCCAUCGGAGUCACGACAGCAAAAAAUGUAAAUAAAAAAGGAGCAAGACUGAACGACGCGAACAACUGGCCAGAUAGACUUUAAUAAAGAAGCAAGCGAUGCUGCUCAAUAACGCAAACUAGAUCAUGUGACUUGGUGGCACGUGACCUCUUAAACGGACAGUACACUGCGGCACUGCUAGCACACAAAACGUUUACUACUUUCUGGCUUUUUACUCAGUGCCCUUGACGAUGCAAGACGUCCGAUUAUGUGGCUCUGUACAUCCAUUUGGACGUUUAUCGCCGUCAGUGGUUUAAAACGUGUAGGUUUUCUCCCCUCCAAAAUUCUAGACGAUUGCAUUGACCAUGUAAGUUUUGGUCACACUUCCUAUUUGUUUUGGGGCAUUUUGCGUUAAGGAUGUGAAUCGAAUAAAAAAUCGGUUUGGAGCUGUUGCACGUGGCCGACAGCGAUGCCAAGACGAGCUCGACCAAUUUCACCAAUGAGACAUCGCAACAAUAAUCACAUGACUCCGGUAAAAAAUGAGAUGUGCGCCGCCUUCUUCGUCUUUCUCCCGCCGGCCUCCCGGGCCAAUUCGACGUGCGACGCCGUCACGGUCCUCGUCGCCAACGCCGACGGCUCCUCUACAGCGUCGCCGUCGUGGAACGACACGCAGACGGACAGCGGCGUCCGGCCCGGCGGCACGGCCGACGUCUUCUGCGAGGCGGCGACGGACGGCAUCGGAACCUGCUGGCCUCGCAGCCCCGCCGCUCGCCUGGUGGCCCGACCUUGUCCCGAGAUCUUCUACGGCGUCCGCUACAACACCACCAACAGCGUGUACAGGAAGUGCUUGUGGAACGGGACAUGGGCGGCAAAGGGCAAUUACUCCAUGUGCAAGGCCAUCCUGCAUCAGGAGAAGAAAGGCAAGAUGCAUUACCAGUUGGCGGUCAUCAUCAACUUCCUGGGUCACUGCAUCUCCAUGCUAGCGCUACUGGUCGCCUUUUUCCUCUUCCUGUGUUUAAGGAGCAUCCGCUGCCUGAGGAACAUCAUCCACUGGAACCUGAUCGGCGCCUUCAUCCUGAGGAACGCCACGUGGUUCGUGGUGCAGCUGACCAUGAGCCCCGAGGUGCACGAGAGCAACGUGGCGUGGUGCCGGCUGGUGACGGCUUCCUUCAACUAUUUCCACUCCACCAACUUCUUCUGGAUGUUCGGCGAGGGCUGCUACCUGCAUACGGCCAUCGUUCUCACCUACUCCACCGACAAACUGCGCAAGUGGAUGUUCAUCUGCAUCGGCUGGUGUAUCCCCUUCCCCAUCAUCGUGGCCUGGGCCGUCGGGAAGCUUUACUACGACAAUGAAAAGUGCUGGUUCGGAAAGCGAGCGGGCGUCUACACGGACUAUAUCUACCAGGGUCCCAUGAUUCUGGUUCUGGUGAUCAACUUCAUCUUCCUCUUCAACAUCGUCAGGAUCCUGAUGACCAAACUGCGAGCGUCCACCACCUCGGAGACCAUUCAGUACAGGAAAGCGGUGAAGGCCACGCUGGUGCUGCUGCCUCUGCUGGGCAUCACCUACAUGCUCUUCUUCGUCAAUCCCGGCGAGGACGAGGUCUCGCAGCUGGUCUUUAUCUACUUCAACUCCUUCUUGGAGUCCUUCCAGGGAUUCUUCGUGUCUGUCUUUUACUGCUUCCUGAACAGCGAGGUGAGUCCGGCUCCGCCCUCUUCGCCACGUCACCGUAAACCACCGCAGAUACUGUACAUGUACAUCCAAAAGCAUUGGGGCAAUACAUCAGUACCUGACAAUAAAUCUUUUUUUAACAAAACAAAAAUUAAACACCGUAUUGGCCCGAAUAUAAGACGGUGUUUUUUGCAUUAAAAUAAGACUGAAAAAGCGGGGGUCGUCCCGACAUUAUACCCAUUCAUGACGCUAGAUGGCGCCAGAUAUCAUUGAAGCGAUAUUCUGUCAUGACAGAUCUCAGCUACUCUCAAGUUGAACCAGUUUGCAUUAUUUUAUUGCACUGUUUUUCCUUAUUCAGAUUUGUUUCAAGACUACAGUUACAAUUAGACCUCACUUUGAUGGUUAAUGCAGUUAUUGCAGUUUUGUUGUUUUAUCAUAAUAGAUUGGAUUAUUUACAUUUCAAAAACCAGAAGCCAUUCAUUUACUAAUGUGAUUGCACUUUACUUUACGUAAUUAAAUGUUCAAAUAUUAAGAUUUGAAUGAUAACAUGCUUUUUCUCUCAAAUAUAUUGUUAUAAUCAUUUGUUUCAGGUGUACUGUAAUUAUUUUCUGUAUAAAAAUUAAUUUGGUGUUCAAGAAGUCUUUUUUUUUCAAACUUGAGAAAAAGAGGGGGUCAUCUUUUAUUUGGGCUAAUACGGUAUAAAACAUUAAAUUAAAAAAAUAACAAAAAAUAAGUAAAUCCUUGAUUAAAUUUAAAAAAAAAAAAUGAAUAAGGAAAUAACAUUUUUGAUUUUUUUUUUUGGGUGGUGGGUAUAAAAUAAAAAUAUUGUAUAUGAUACAUAUGAAUAAAAUAGUAAAAUUAAUAAAAAGAAGAUCUAGAACAUUGAAUUGAAAACUGCCAGCCCCUAUCUUCAAACAGAUCGGACAUCUACGAGUGAAGGAAUCUGACCUUUUAGCCAGAUUGCCGGAAUCCCGCCAGCCGAACCGCCGGACCCGCGCUGGCUCAGCUCCAAUGAACCGGGCCGGCGAAACUCCUAUCGCCCGGCCAAAAGGCCAAACUCCGCGCAUACGCCUUUUUCUUAACCCCUUGUUCUGACUCCAUUUUGAAAGUUUGAAGAAGGCUUCGAAACACAAGUUGACAAUUUAUUCAGGUCGACGGCGAUCAAACAGCAAAUAGGUCCCCGACAGUGAGGCAAUUCUGGAUCCGGGGUCAGCAAAACAACGAGCAGUUCGGAAUGUCCCCGAGAAGUGACAGUUGUUGGCUAAACGUUCAGUCUUUCGAAGUCUGCGGUAGGAAGGGUGCGCCCGGGUGUUGUUUAAUUCUUCUGUUGCAGAUUUGGGCGGUCAAGUUCGUGCUUUACCGUUCGUUGCCGGGUCAUGCUUACCGAGGCAACUGAGGUGGGACCGGCGUCUGAGAGGCGCCGAGCUGUCAAACCUAAAAGUUAUUUUUGUUAUCGGGUGUUGUGGUAGUACAGGACGUCCCGCCAUUUGUUUUGGACUGCCCUGAAGAGCUGAUUGCGGGAUUUGGUGUUGCAGACGCGGGCAAACAACACUCACCACGCUAAUGCUAACAUGAAUGCCACGCCAAUCGUGCUCAGUCAGCUGAAUGACGCACACGUUGAGCUUCUGUGGUCAGAAGGUGUCAUGUAUCUCUUGUGCCCUAUGUCAAAUAUAUUCUGCUUGUUUUCCUUAAACUAUGAUAUAAAUGCAUAUUUUUUUUAUAUUGGGUACGUUAGAGUAAUACAAACAGUCAAACAGUAAAUACGAGAAAAGAUACUAUUCUAUUCACGAAUGACAAAACUCAUUAGCGGAAUGAAGAUUUGUCGUCUAGUGUCAUCUGUGGCACUGACAGAGUUCAAUGUAAAUUCAGGCGUCGGCCGCCGUCGACGUGUCAGGUUUUGCGUCAGUUGCCGUGGAUGCGAGGCCCCCGUCGCCAUAGCGACGGGCAUCUGCUCGGUGGCCGACGUCGGGAAGGAAGCGCGGAACGACGCGGGUCAACUCGGGGUCGUCUGCCGGGCGCGCGCCUGCCGUGGGGAAGGUCCGGUCGCCACGGUUACCGCGCACCGCACACACACGCAGGCGACGUCCAAGAAAACCAUCGAAACAUUUUGAACUCGCAUUGAAUACUACCUUUUACCCAAGGACAAGAAUUUCAGUAUCAAAACUUUUUAAAUCAUUCUGUAUUUCUUAAAAAUGGCUUAAAUGCUUGAAAAUAUGCUCAAGUUUUACUAAAUGUAAAGUAAAUACUUUGAAAUUGAAGGAAUCUGACCUUCUAGCCAGAUUGCCGGCACCACGCCAGCAGAACUGCUGGACCCGCGCUGGCGCAGAUCCAACGACCUGGGGCGGCGAGACACCCACAACUUGGCCAAAUCGCCAAACUCGGCGCGUUCCCCUUAGUCUUAACCCCUUGUAUUGACUCCAUUUUAAAAGCUGGAAAAAGGCUUCAAAGCACAAGUUGACAAUUUAUUCUGGUGGACAGCGGUCGAAUGGCAAGGCGAAACAGACUCAGGCGAGGAGGCAGACUCGUUCCAAAGUCACCAUAUCACAUGUCAACAAAAGGUUCCCUAAAAAAAAUGAACACGGUUAGUUAAACAUAGUCUUUUCGAAGGCUCUCGCGGGGUGGGCCGUGGGCAGGAAGAAGGGUGUGUUUGGGCAUUGUUUAGGAUUAUUGUCUGUUUGUAGAUUAGACAGGAGGAUUUAGGAGUUACUGUUGUCAGGACAACGAGGGUUGUGGAUUUUGCCACCUCGGCGUCAAUGGGGCUUUUGGAGUCUUGUCAGUCAUGUUAUCAGUUGGAUAUCGGGCGUUCUCCGGUGUUCCUUGUGUUGGGACAGGACGUCCCGCCAUUUGUUCUGGACUGUCCGGGAGAACUGAUUGUGAGAGUUGAUAUUGCAGAUGUGGGCUUGUAGAUGUCAGCGUCAAUCUUGCUCAGUCAGUUGCAUGACGUAUUGUCUGUUUGUGGAUUGGACAGGAGGAUUAGGGAGUUGUCAGGGCACCGAAGGUUGUGCAUUUUGCCAUCUCAGCGCAACGUGAGUGCUGAGAGUUCACUUGUCGGUCGCGGGUCCCUCCAUAUUGAAUGUUUCUGUCAAGACAAGAUGUCCCGCCAUCUGUUCUGGACUGUCCGGAAGAACUGAUUGCAAGAGUUGGUGGGGCAGACGUGGGCUUGUAGAUGUCUUGCCUCGUCAGCGUCAAUCUUGCUCAGUCAGUUGCAUGGCGCACACAUUGGGCUUCCGUGAUAAGAAGGUGUCAUGUAUCUCUUAUGCCAUAUAUUCUGCUUGUUUUCCUUAAACUAUGAUAUAGUUGAUAUGAUAUAGCAUGAUUUAUUUUAUAUUGGGUGUGUUAGAGUAAUACAAACAGUCAAACAGUAGGUACGGGAAAAGAUACUAUUCCCUUCAAAAUGUAUUCAAACACUUGUUAAAUGACUGUAAUACUAUGAAAUAUACUAAAGGACUUCUUAAAAGUACCCUAAAUACUAUGAAAUGCAGGGAAGCACUUCUUAAAAGGGAAAUCUAAUGACGUUCUUAUACUCGGAGGCAUAUUUCUUCAAAGUGGCUUAAAUGUCAUGAUCUACUGUAUGCUCAAAUGCUUGCUCAAAGUCCACUAAGCUCAGUACACAAAUACUUUGUAAGAGACAGUAAUUCUAUAAAAUGGAAUGACUUUUGAAAAAUAACCUAAAUACUAUGAAAUGUAUAAAGUAUUUCUUCAAAGUGGCUCAUAUACCUACAGUUGUGGUCAAAA